AUGGCACCUCUCAAGCUUAACAAAAACAACCUGUCGCAGAUUGCUUCAGCAGGUGAAGCCCAAAUCAAGGUUCCAACCUAUCCACGUGGCGCUGGCAUUAAGGAAGGCAUCGUGCACAUUGGUGUCGGUGGUUUCCACCGCGCUCACCUGGCAUACUAUGUCGAUCUGUUGAUGCAACAAGGCGUGAAGGACUGGGCUAUCUGUGGCGUUGGCUUGCAACCUUUCGAUGCUACGAUGCGUGAUGCGUUGGGCUCCCAAGAUCACCUUUACACCCUCAUCGAACGUUCCGCUAAGGGAAGCUACGCCAAUGUCAUUGGUAGCAUCAACUCUUUCCUUUUCGCACCAGACAACCGUGAAGCUGUUGUCGCUAAACUCGCACACCCUGAUACCCACAUCGUCUCACUCACCAUCACCGAGAGCGGAUACUAUUACAACGAAAACACACACGAGCUGCAAAGCAACCACCCCGAUAUCCAAUUCGAUCUCGACCCCGCCAACGAGAAUGCCCCUCGCACAACAUUUGGAUUCUUAUACGCUGCCCUUGCUCGUCGCCAUCAGCAAGGCCUUAAGCCAUUCACCGUGAUGUCUUGUGAUAACAUGCAGAAGAAUGGUGCCAUCACGCGUCACAUGCUGGACUCCUUCGCGCGCUUGAAGAACCCCGAGUUAGCCAAGUGGAUCUCCGAGAAAGGUCACUUCCCUAAUGCUAUGGUCGACCGCAUUACCCCUCAGACAUCACCCAAGGACAAGGUCGACCUUGCCCAGAACUUUGGUAUCGAAGACUCCUGGCCGGUCGUGACAGAGCCCUUCACACAGUGGGUCAUUGAAGAUCAUUUCUGCGAUGGCCGCCCACCAUUUGAAAAGGUUGGUGUACAAGUUGUGAAGAACGUCCACGAAGUCGAGCAAUUCGAGAUGCACAAACUCCGACUCUUGAACGGAAGCCACUCAGCAAUCGGAUACCCAGGCCGCCUAGCGGGAUUCAAAUUCGUCCACGAAGUGAUGGAAGACCCAGUCUUCAGCAAAUUCGUCGUCCAAAUGAUGCAAGACGAAGUCAAGCCGCUCCUCCCCGCCAUCCCCGGCGUUGAUCUAGACGUCUACACCAAGACACUAGUCGAGCGUUUCUCCAACCCAACAAUCAUGGACCAACUCCCUCGCAUCUGCCUCAAUGCCUCUGGAAAAAUCCCACAAUUCAUCAUGCCCUCUAUCGCCGAAGCAAUUUGGUCCAGCGGCCCCUUCCGUCGUCUCUGCUUCGUAGCAGCCGCUUGGUUCCGCUACGUGAACGGCAUCGAUGACGCCGGAAACAAGUUUGAGGUUGACGAUCCCAUGCGCGAGGAGCUUCAGACCAAGGCCCGUGCUGGCGGUACUGAUCCUUCUUCCAUCCUCGGUAUCAAGACACUUUUUGGUGACGAUUUACGUGCCGAUAAGAGAUUUAUGACUGAGAUUACGAAGGCUUUGGAAGAUAUUUCGCGAGAUGGCAUUGCGAAGACUAUCCCCAAAUAUGUUGAUUAA